AUGCUCUUCACCUACACUUCCAACAUACNGAAAAUUAUUAGUGAAUCUUGCGAACUAAAGUGUUCUCAAAAUGGUAAUAUUAUUGGAAGUCCUAUAAUUACGUGUUUAAACGAAAGGACUUGGAGUAAAUUUCCAGACUGUACUUGCCCGUCACCAGCUUUAUCAGAUGGUCUACAAACUACUGAGAACUGUGACAGAAAGAAGGAAAGAGAUAUGUGCAAAUUAAGCUGCAACAAAAAUCAAAGGCUAAUAGGACAGCAAACGAUAACGUGUCUAAGAACUAGAAUGUGGUCCAAUCCGCCAAAAUGCUCUCUGAUAUGCUCUGCACCUACACUUCCAACAUACCUGACUGUCAAAUUCAGUUGUUCUUUGAAAAUUAUUAGUGAAUCUUGCGAACUAAAGUGUUCUCAAAAUGGCAGUAUAAUUGGAAGAACUGCAAUAACAUGUUUGAGUGAGCAUGCGUGGAGCACAUUUCCAGACUGCACUUGCUCUCCACUUCUUCUAUCGAGUGAUUUAAAGACAAAGGAUAAUUGCAAUUUCAAGAAAAAAGGUGAAGUUUGUGAAGUUAGCUGUAAAGGAAAUCAGAAAAUAAUAGGACAAAGUACUUUGACCUGCCAAGAAAACAGAAAAUGGUCCUCUGCCCUACCAAAAUGCUCCUCUAUGUGUUCGGAACCUAAACUUCCUGCCUAUUUGAAUCUUAGAA